CCUGAUCUGAGCUUUGGGUACUGAAGCUAAGUAGACGAAUUGCUCUUGGCAUACGACAGCUGAAAUACAUGCUGAUGUCACGUGAACGACACUCAGUUUCCCUUCUAUUCUCCUCUUGAGCUCCGUUGCAUGACUGUAUUGACAGGGUUGAAGGGUGUCACCGAACGUCGCUCCAUUAGUCCCCACAUGCACGUUGAGGUGCAUGCCGACUGGAUGAGGUCCGACAACGCAUUUGUGGGCACAACUUGGCGCGACUGAAAGAGCAUCCAUCAUGGCAGCUGUCGACUCCAGUAUCGACGAGAAGCUCGUUCGCUCCGUCACGGCAUACGUCAAGGACUUUAUGGCAAAGUACGAUGGUUCGCAUGAUUUUGCGCACAUACAGCGGGUCUUAGGAAUAGCCCGGUAUAUCCAUUCUCGCUCACCUACAACGCCGGCUUUAGACUCCCAAGUUGUCGUCUUAAGUGCUCUUCUCCACGACGUUGGCGACAAGAAAUAUCUGAAGCCAGAUGAAGACGCGUCAACCAUGGUCUUUAAGCUUUUGGUGUCACUGGGUGCUGAUGAGCAACUUGCCCAGAAAGUCCAAACAGUCUGUCUCGGCGUGAGCUACUCGAGCGAGAUCAAGAAUCCGAUGCGAGUACAGGAGCUCAUCAAAGCUCAUCCUGAGCUGGCCGUUGUUCAAGACGCCGACCGUCUCGAUGCCAUCGGUGGUGUAGGCAUUGGCCGGGCAUUCACUUUUGGCGGCGCUAGGUCUAAUAGACCCAUGGACGAGACAGUCGAACACUUUGAACAGAAGCUUCUCAGACUCGAGGGCAUGAUGAAAACAGAUGUUGGACGAGAGCUGGCCAAGGAGAGAACGGAAAGAAUGGCUCUCUUCCGAAAGUGGUGGGAUGAGGAAACUGCAUUUGCCAACAUGUCUCCAGUCUCCUGAUACACCCAAGGCAACUUCACUUAUGUAUGUUAUCACUCCACUGUCUCUCAAAUUCUCGACAGAGCGUACCUAUGGGUGAACACCAAACAAAUAUUAACCGAACCCAAGUGAGAACUAUCCGGCACAAGCACAAGCACAUGUACUAUUGAAGAAGGCCAGAUAGCAACGAUGAUUCAAUAGGAACCAUGCACGUAAAUCUAUACGGAGCAAACCGCGGUUUGGUCAACAGGGCAUUGCAGAGCGAGCAUAUCAAUUUUUCCCAAAGU